AUGAACGUACCUCGACCUCGUAAUUUGAAGCACUUAAUGAGGUUUAUACAAAUGUGUUCCUGGUACAGGAGGUUCAUUCCCGAUUUUGCUAAGGUUGCAGAGCCCUUGACGCGUCUCACUAAGAAAGACGCCGAGUGGACUUGGAAGAAAGAACAGACAUUUGCAUUUGAAACUCUGAGAACCCUGUUAACUACUAUUCCUGUACUCGCACAGGCUGACGAGACUAAGCCCUAUAUCAUCAAAACUGAUGCUAGCAACUUUGCUAUUGGAGCGGUCUUAGUGCAGGGGGAGGGUGAGAAUGAACACCCAGUUGAGUACGCUAGUCGAUUGUUGAAUAAAUCUGAACGGAACUAUUCAACUACUGAAAGAGAAGCCUUGGCAGUGGUGUGGGCUGUCAAUAAAUUCAGAGGCUACAUAGAAGGAACCAAAAACCACGAGGUAGACCACAGAAGAAGAAGGACAACUAGUUUUCUUCCCUGUCUUUCUCGUCGAGGCGACUUCGUAGACAGAGGGGGAGACUGUAACAGCAAUAUAUAUUCCUACUCCUGA